AUGGCUUAUCAGUAUGAUGUUCGGUAUCGUAAAACUACUGAGCAUGGAAAUGCCGAUGCUUUAUCUCGUUUACCUGUUGGUGAAGAUAAAACUUUUGAUCAUGAAGAAUCUUGUUUCAACAUCAAUGAACUUAACACACCUAUUGACGCUGAAAUAAUUCGUCAGCAUGCCAAAAAUGACCCAAUUCUUCGCCGAACGGAGUACAACCGGGUUGUCAUUCCAGCCUCCCUUAAGCAGAAAAUUCUUAAACUUCUUCAUGAUGGUCAUUGGGGAGUAUCGAGAAUGAAACAGCUAGCUCGACAACAUGUCUGGUGGACUAAUAUUGACAAAGACAUCGCACAAUUAACUGAAAAUUGUGAUGUGUGCAAAAUUGCAAAUCCUGUUCACGCACGUGAAUACUUAAGCUGGCCUGAAGCUGAUCGACCUUGGGAGAGAGUACAUAUCGACUUUGCUGGUCCAUUUUGUAAUUCAAUGUGGCUAAUUUGUGUCGACGCUUUCUCGCAAUUUCCGUUCGUUGUACAACUAUCUACAACAACAACGGUUGACACCGUAUCAGCAUUGUCUUCUAUAUUUUCUCUGGAAGGUAUACCAGAAACCAUCGUAAGUGACAAUGGUCCGCAAUUUACAGCUGAAGCAUUCAAACAUUUUUGCUCAAAACUUGGCAUCAAACAUAUAACAACAGCGCCGUUUCAUCCAGCCUCAAACGGGUUAGCCGAACGAUUCGUCAGAUCUUUUAAAACUGCUGUUCAGAAAAACAUUGACGAUGGAUUGUCUCUCAAAUUCGCUGUAUCAAAAUACCUUGCAACAUAUCGUGCAAUGCCGAAUGCUGAAGGUAAAUCACCUGCGGAACUUUUACAUGGAAGGCCUGUUCGUACCUUGUUGAGUCAACUGUUUGAAUCGCCUAGGAAGCACCUUGAAGCUUCGAAACGGAAAAUGAAAUUUAGUCUAAAGCAACCCGUCUUCGCUCGAAACUACGCAAGAGGGGAAAAAUGGAUAAAAGGAGUUAUUGUAAAACAACUUGGUAAAAUGGUUUACAGAGUGAACACAUCUUUUGGUUACAUCAAACGUCAUGUUAAUCAGCUUAAAACUAGAAAUAGCUCUGACCUCUCUUCACAACCAAUUUUUGAAUUCGCUCCAAAUUUCAUCAAUGCCACACCGCCUUCAUCUAGCCAAUCAACAUUAAUGCCUAGUGAAGAACGUUCUACCGAAGUAGUUCAACUUCGAAAAAGUGGUCGUAUUCGGAAGGAUAAAAGAUUACGAAACAAACAAACUCGUUUCUGGUUUACUGCAGCUGGCGCCUCACACGCAUCUCGUGUUGGAUGA